UACGGUAAAGCUGGCGCGACAGUGAAGGUUUGGGAGUUGCAGAUCCCAGGUUCGAAUCCAAGCGAGGCCCGCUGGUGUUCCCGGAGGUACAAGGCUGCUGGGGCGAAGCCCCGUUGGCUCGAAUUUAAUUGCAGGUGGCUCCGAGGUUUAGUAGGACCCGCUGUCACAAAGUGGCAUGUGAGACUGAGGUUCCUGGGUAAUAAAAAAACA